AGCGCUGGGAGCCUAUAUAAGUUUCCGCGUUUCUCUCAUCCGCAGCCAGAAGUGAACAUGUCAGCGCCUGAGGAUCAGGGAGAUGCUCAUGGCGACGCCGACCGCGGCGACCUUUCCGGGGACCUCCGUAGUGUGCUGGUCACGAGCGUGCUCAACCUCGAGCCGCUAGAUGAAGAUCUCUACAGAGGAAGGCAUUACUGGGUACCUACCUCCCAGCGGCUCUUUGGGGGUCAAAUUGUGGGCCAGGCCCUGGUGGCUGCAGCCAAGUCUGUGAGUGAAGAUGUCCAAGUCCACUCCCUGCACUGCUACUUUGUCCGGGCAGGGGACCCGAAGGUGCCAGUGCUGUACCACGUGGAGAGGACACGGACAGGAGCCAGCUUCUCGGUGCGCGCCGUGAAGGCCGUGCAGCACGGCAAGGCCAUCUUCAUCUGCCAGGCCUCCUUCCAGCAGAUGCAGCCCAGCCCGCUGCAGCACCAGUUCUCCAUGCCCACUGUGCCCCCGCCAGAAGAGCUGCUGGACCACGAGGCCCUCAUUGACCAGUACUUAAGGGAUCCUAACCUUAACAAGAAAUAUCGAGUGGGGCUGAACCGAAUUGCUGCCCGGGAGGUACCUAUUGAGAUCAAGCUGGUGAACCCACCCACGCUGACCCAGCUGCAGACACUGGAGCCCAAACAGAUGUUCUGGGUGCGAGCCCGGGGCUACAUUGGGGAAGGAGACAUCAAGAUGCAUUGCUGUGUGGCUGCUUACAUCUCUGACUACGCCUUCCUGGGUACGGCACUCCUGCCCCACCAGUCCAAGUAUAAGGUGAAAUUCAUGGUGUCGCUGGACCACUCCAUGUGGUUCCACGCCCCAUUCCGAGCCGACCACUGGAUGCUCUACGAGUGUGAGAGCCCCUGGGCUGGUGGCUCUCGUGGGCUGGUGCAUGGGCGGCUGUGGCGUCGGGAUGGGGUCCUCGCUGUGACCUGUGCCCAGGAGGGUGUGAUCCGAUUGAAGCCUCGGGUGUCCGAGAGUAAGCUAUAGUCAGAGAUAACUGGCUCGGCCCGGGGCUAAAAGGACUCUUUGCACUGCCAUCCUGAGGCAGGAGUCACAGUUGAGAACUGGGCUUCCUGCCUCUUACAUACAAUAAAGAGAUUGCUAACACUGGA